ACCAAACCCAACCACAUUCAGUCCCUCCACCUGCCCUCAAAUACCCCAAGAACUCCCUCAAUCACCCUUUACACACCUAGAAGAACGCAUAUACGAUAAUGACGGACCACGUCGCCGACAGCAAGCCCAAGCUUGACCCCUCCGGCGCGACCCACCACGACGAUGAGACCGCCACCGCAAUCCUCCGGAGGAAGAAGAAGCCCAAUCAGCUCAUCGUUGACGAUGCUACGAACGACGAUAACUCUACUAUCAUGCUCAGUCCCAACGCAAUGGAGACCCUUGAGCUCUUUAGGGGUGACAACGUGCUCGUGAGAGGAAAGAAGAGAAAGGAGACCUUGUUGGUUGUUCUUGUUGAUGAGGAGCUGGAAGACAAUAUGUGCCGUGUCAACCGAGUGGUGAGGAAUAACCUCCGUAUCCGUCUUGGUGACAUUGUUACCAUUCACGCGGCACCGGAUGUGAAGUACGCUGAGCGUAUCUCCGUUCUCCCUAUCGCCGACACCAUCGAGGGUAUCACUGGUAACCUUUUCGAGGUAUACCUCAAGCCUUACUUCGUUGAGGCCUACCGUCCCGUCAAGAAGGGUGACCUCUUCACCGUACGUGGUGGUAUGCGCCAAGUCGAGUUUAAGAUUGUCGAGGUUGAGCCUGGAGACAUGGGUAUCGUUGCUCAGGACACCAUUAUUCACUGCGAAGGAGAGCCCAUCAACCGUGAAGACGAGGAGGCGAACCUUAACGAGGUUGGAUACGAUGAUCUCGGUGGUUGCCGCAAGCAGCUCGCUCAGAUCCGUGAGAUGGUCGAGUUGCCUCUCCGUCACCCACAACUUUUCAAGACCCUCGGUGUCAAGGCUCCCCGUGGUGUUUUAAUGUACGGGCCUCCAGGUACCGGUAAGACCCUCAUGGCUCGUGCCGUUGCCAACGAGACCGGUGCUUUCUUCUUCCUCAUCAACGGUCCCGAGAUCAUGUCCAAGAUGGCCGGUGAGUCCGAGUCCAACUUGAGGAAGGCUUUUGAGGAGGCCGAGAAGAACUCCCCUGCAAUCAUCUUCAUCGACGAAAUCGACUCUAUCGCGCCCAAGCGUGACAAGACUAACGGUGAAGUUGAGCGUCGUGUUGUUUCGCAGUUAUUGACCCUCAUGGACGGUCUCAAGUCCCGUUCCAACGUCGUUGUCAUGGCUGCCACCAACCGUCCCAACUCCAUCGACCCUGCUCUCCGUCGUUUCGGACGUUUCGACCGUGAAGUCGACAUCGGUAUCCCUGACCCGACUGGCCGUCUUGAGAUUCUCCGCAUCCACACCAAGAACAUGAAGCUUGGUGAUGACGUCGACCUUGAGUCUAUCGCCGCCGAGACUCACGGUUACGUUGGUGCUGAUUUGGCAUCCUUGUGCUCUGAGGCUGCCAUGCAGCAGAUUCGUGAAAAGAUGGACCUCAUCGACCUUGACGAGGAUACCAUCGACGCGGAGGUUCUCGACUCUCUUGGUGUCACCAUGGACAACUUCCGUUUCGCCCUCGGUACCGGAAACCCCUCCGCCCUUCGCGAGACCGCUGUCGAGGUUCCCAACGUCAAGUGGGACGACAUUGGUGGUCUUGAGAAGGUCAAGGACGAGCUCCGCGAGACUGUCCAGUACCCCGUCGAGCACCCCGAAAAGUUCCUCAAGUUCGGUAUGUCUCCCUCCAAGGGUGUUCUUUUCUACGGUCCUCCUGGUACUGGUAAGACUCUCCUUGCCAAGGCCGUUGCAAACGAGUGUGCUGCGAACUUCAUCUCCAUCAAGGGUCCCGAGUUGUUGAGUAUGUGGUUCGGAGAGUCGGAGAGCAACAUUCGCGAUAUCUUCGACAAGGCACGUGCUGCUGCUCCUUGUGUUGUCUUCCUUGAUGAGUUGGAUUCUAUCGCUAAGGCUCGUGGUGGAUCUGUUGGUGAUGCUGGAGGUGCCGGUGACCGUGUCGUCAACCAGCUUUUGACUGAGAUGGAUGGUAUGGGAACCAAGAAGAACGUCUUCAUCAUUGGUGCUACUAACCGUCCUGAUGUCAUUGACCCUGCGUUGAUGCGCCCUGGACGUUUGGACCAGUUGAUCUACGUUCCCCUUCCCGACGAGGAGUCCCGUCUUGGUAUCAUCAAAGCGCAGCUCCGCAAGUCCCCUGUCUCCGACGAUGUCGACCUUACCGUCAUCGCCAAGGCCACUCACGGAUUCUCCGGUGCCGACUUGUCCUUCAUCGUCCAGCGUGCCGUCAAGCUCGCCAUCAAGGAGUCCAUCACUGCUGAGAUUGAGCGUGAAAAGGCUCAGGCUGAGGCUGGUGGUGACGCUAUGGACGUCGAGGCUGAGGAUCCUGUUCCCGAGAUCACUCGCGCUCACUUCGAGGAGGCCAUGUCCUACGCUCGUCGUUCCGUGACCGAUGCGGACUUGAGGCGCUAUGAGAUGUUCGCACAGACUCUUCAGCAGGGCCGUGGAAUGACUGGAUUCAAGUUCCCUGAUGCUGCUCCCACUGCUGGAACGGAGGGACAGGGACAGGCUGCAUUCGGAGACGCCGGUGCUGAUGAUGACUUGUACGCUUAG